GUCUGCUCGAAGCGGGUCUGGUCACCGGCUCUGCCUUCCGCCCCCCCCAGCCAGAGAGAAAGAGAAGCGGGGAGCGGACGCUCCUGCGGAGAAAUGAAAGUGAAACUGGCCCUGCAAGCUGGGAGCCGCCCAGGCCUCACAGCAGGAGCUGGUCAUGGCCGGGGAGGCGACGUGCCCCUUCCCGCUGGUGGUGGAGGGGGCUUGGGGGGGCUCGGGGCUCCCCAAGAACCUAAAGAAAAAACUCCUCUGCUACUUCCAGAGCGGGAAGAAAUCCGGAGGGGGGGAGUGCGAGAUCCAGGAGCGGCCCGGCCAGGUCCUGGUUUGCUUCGCCCAGGAGGCAGUGAGGCAACGAGUUCUUGAGAAAAGGACCCAUGAGCUCGAUUUGCCAGAGACAGGAGGAUUAAAGCUCGUUGUCACAUGGCCUGAAACAACAGGUGCAACCGAAGAGGCCGUGUUUCAGGAAGAGUUGGAUCCCAAACAGACUUUAAAGACAGCAGGCAAAGCCCAGGAGCAAGAUGUGCAGGAAGUCUUGCAAAGAAAGGAACGUUCGGCGCAGAAUAGUGUACCCCAUGUGGAGAAUAUUCAAGAACACCCCCAAACGACUUCAUCUCUACUUGUGCUUGAAAAUAUAGAAGAGUCUGUCACAGAAUGCAUGUUAAUUAUGCUGUUAGAGACUAUCAGUGGCUUAUCAGGAGACAAGGACUUCAGUAUGGAAAUUAUACCUGAAAUAAAUGCUGCCGUAGUUACCUUUUUAAAAAGUAUAGAUACCGUGAAAUUUUUGGACAUAUGUGCCCAAAACAACAGAAUGAAAAACUUAAAAAUUACUUCCAGGCUUCUUGAAUUGACACAAAGCAUCAAGGCUGAAAACAUACCAUCUAAUGUUCCUAAAGAUUAUAUAACGAUCUACUUUGAAAGUCCAAAGAAUGGAGGUGGCCCAGUAUUAGAUGUUAAAUAUUUCUGUGAGGAGAAGUCAGCUAUCAUUACUUUUUGUGAUCACAAAGAUCUGAAUACUGUCUUGGAAAAGCAGCAUUCCCUUGAUCAAACACCAAUUUCUGUACAUCCGUACUACAGUUCUUUGGGUACAGCUCUUUAUGGAAAGAAGAGACCACUAAUAAAGAUGCCAGAACCAAUCAGAAUCCCAGUGGAUCCUUACAUCUUGCAGUUUUUACAGAGCCAUGAUAGAUUAAUACAAGAAAUAAACCAGGAAAUGGAAAAUUGCCAAUGUGAGCUAAAAUGGCCCCAAACCAAAUGUACACACCCAGAAAUUACAUUGUGUCCUUCAGCAACUUUGUCUAAACAGAGAAGGUCAAUGAUUAAAUUGAUUGGGACUUGGAAAGAGGAUGUUUCCACUGAGUUCUCUUGUGUCAUGUCAAAGUACAAGGCUAUUAAGUGCAAAGUAAAUGCAGUGGUUUGGGAAGCCAUAAAAAACAGAUUGGCGAAGGACGGUGUUUUGACCAUACCUGAUGUUUCUAAGGAGAUGGUUAUCAUAGCAGGUGACAUGUUGGCUGUGGAGGAUGUGGAGAAAGAACUGAAAGAACAUAUGGAAAACGCUGUGAGAGAAACAGAAAGGGAAAAGCAAAAUACAGAAAUAACUGUGUCAGUUCCCCCAGGAAAGUAUGCAAUUUUACACAAUGCUGGGCUAGAGAAGAAUAUUUACAAGGAGUACCCAUGCUUGAAGAUCUCUUAUGAUGCUGCAAAGAAGUCAGUUGGCCUAUGUGGAGUAGCUGCAGAAGUUUAUAAAGUCAAAAGUGACAUACUGGAAAAGGUGCAGAACAUGGCACAGAAGUCAAUUACUAUUCAUCCUCAGAUUUUCCAGUUCCUACAGCACAUCGAUAAUGAAACUCUGUCACAGAGCUUAUUUGUGACAAAUCAAGUCAAUGCCUUUUAUCAGCUUGAGAAUGAUACUGUACUGCUGGUAGGAGACUCUCCUAAAGUUCUCUUAGAAGCAGAAGAACGAAUGAAGACAGAGUUAGACUAUAAAUGCAUUACUCUGGAAGACCGAGAAGUCAUCAAAAAGAGAGAAUGGAGGGAACUCACUAGCACCUUGUACAAGACAUAUAAUGCAUUCCAGGAAACUCUAAUAAUGGAUGACCUGCUCUCUCUGGAAGGAGAUCAGAAAGUAGUUAUUGCUGGUUAUUCUAAAGCUGUAGCAGAAGCUUAUCGAAAGCUUUCUGUGUUUGUAGAUAGAAACACACAGGUGCAAAAAUUAAUCCCAGUUCAGUCUGUGGCAGUUGUACAGUUCAUAGAGAAGGAAAAAUCCCACAUUUGUCAUGAAUUGAGAAAGAAAGAUGUGACGAUUAAUUUUGGCACACGGACUUCACAUAAAAGUAUUUCCCUGAGUGGACCAAAGGUAGAAGUAUUGAAGGGCAUCCGCCUGAUUGAACAAAUUCUGUCUUCGCUAUAUUCUACAAAUGUGUUAAUUGAUAAACCGGGAGCCAAAGCAUUUUUCAGAGACAAAGAACGCUUGUAUGUUAGUGAGGCAAAGCAUCAAUUUAACUGUCUGAUCAGGCUGCAAGAAGAUGGAGAAGAACAAAGAGAGGAUGGUAAUGAUACGACAAAACAGCUCCGCUGUAAAAUGAUCCUGCAAGAUGGAGUUGUAGUAGCAGUUUAUAAAGGGAAUUUGUGCAGUCAUCCAACUGACGUUGUGGUGAAUGCAUCAAAUGAGGACUUAAAGCAUAUUGGUGGCCUUGCUGAGGCCCUUUUAAAAGCUGCAGGGCCAGAACUACAAACAGAAUGUGACCGUAUUGUGCGGAAACGAGGCCCUUUGCAGCCUGGCCGUGCUGUUAUUACAGAUCCUGGGAACCUCCCAUGUAAACAAGUAAUUCAUGCUGUUGGGCCCAGGUGGAGGGAUCACGAGGCAGAAAAGUGCGUGCGCCUGUUAAAAAGAGCAGUGAAGGAAAGCCUACGCCUGGCUGAAACGUACAAUCAUCAUUCCAUAGCCAUCCCGGCUAUCAGCUCUGGGAUAUUUGGAUUCCCGUUAAAACUGUGUGCACAUUCAAUUGCAACAUCUAUCAAGGAAACCUUGGAAGAUUCUCCGGGGGAAAGCUGCCUGAAGGAGAUUCAUCUUGUGGACUUUACAGAAAAAACAGUUCAGGUUCUCACUGAUGCCUUGAAAGAAGUGUUUACAGAGAAAUCACCCCAACACAGUUUAUUGCCUCAGUCCAAAACAGGCCACCAGCCCAGAGAAAGUAGAGGUGCUCAGAACAGAAAGGGUCUCCAGGUGGUAACAACGGAUGAAGGUCUGAGUGUCAUACUGGAGAAGAGAGACAUUCAGGACGCCACAACGGAUGUGAUCGUAAGCAGCGUUGGCAUGGAUCUGCGGCUUGGUGUAGGUCCACUUUCUCAAAGUUUGCUGCAGAAGGCUGGACCAACACUCCAGCUUGAGUUCAAUGAAGAAAGCCAAAGACAAGUACCUACUCAAGGGUCUGUGUUCCAAACAAGUGGAUGUAAUCUGGCCUGCAGCUUUCUGUUCCAUGCCAUUGUUCCUGUAUGGGAUCAAGGAAGAGGCGCUGCCAUGACGACCCUAAAAGACAUAGUCAAAAAAUGUCUGAAGAAAACCGAAGAGCUGUCUCUACAGUCAAUCACGUUCCCAGCAAUUGGGACUGGUGGGUUUAGGUUUCCUAAACCCGUUGUUGCUAAAUUAAUGUUUGAUGAAGUGUUCAAAUUCAGUAGUAACCACAAUUUGAAGUCUCUUCAGGAAGUUCAUUUUCUGUUGCAUCCAAGAGAUACAGAUAAUAUUCAGGCAUUUACAGAUGAACUAGAAUCUAGGACCAAUGGGAAUCUCCAGGCUGUAUCAUCGAGUCCAAUUUCCUCUGGGCGUGUUACAACCCCAGUAUUGGGAGUUCAUGAAAUGCAGCUUGGUUCCAUUACAUUCCAGGUAGCAACGGGCGAUAUCACCAAGGAAAAUACAGAUGUGAUUGUAAACAUAUCAAAUUCAUCAUUUAAUGCCAAAUCAGGUGUCUUCAAAGCAGUGAUGGAAGCUGCCGGACCCCAGGUUGAACUAGAAUGUGCUAUGCUUGCCUUGCAGCCUCACAGUGGCUUUAUAACCACACAAGGUGGAAAGCUGAUGUGUGGUAAAAUUAUUCACCUCGUUCAUCAGAAAGAUGUUAAAGCUCUGGUCUCUAAAGUGCUCCAGGAGUGUGAACUGAGGAAGUACACAUCUGUCGCCUUCCCAGCAAUUGGAACAGGUCAGGCAGGGCGGAAUCCAGCUGAGGUAGCUGAAGAAAUGAUGGAUGCUAUAGUUGAGUUUGCAAGUACAAAAGCAGUCCAGCAUGUGAAAAAAAUUAAAAUAGUCAUCUUCCAGCCACAGAUGCAAAAUGUAUUUUAUGCAAGUAUGCAGAAAAGAGAAGGAGAUACAAUUUCACCAACAUCAGAAUCAUGGCUUUCUAAGUUAACUUCACUUUUAAUGGGCAAAAAACGUCCUCCUGGAAAGAAACGUGGAUUCGUGCUGGAGAAGAAAAUUGAGUUAGCCACAUUUCAGAUUUGUGGUGAAAGCCAAAAAAAUAUGGAAGCCACUGAAUCUUGGAUAAAAAGUCUGAUUUUAAAAGAACAGUAUGACAACAUUAUUUCAGAUGAAUUAAUUGACAGUUUUGGUGAAGCAGAAGCUAAGAAACUAAGUGAACUCCAGAAAAGCCUACAUAUUACCAUUCAUGUGGAAACCAAGGAAACUCCUCCUUUCGUUAGAGUUUCGGGUAUAACUAGAGAUGUCUAUGAAGCUUCCAUGAAAAUUCAAAACAUGAUCAAAAGAACUAAAGAUAACCAAGAAGAACAAUCAAAGGCAAAACUUGUCAGCAAUUUAGUACAGUGGAAGUAUUCCAUAAACAAGGUGCAUUUCACAGACUUUGACCCUCUGAUAAAUAUGCACUUAGAGGAUGCUAAAGUAGCUAAAAAAACUCAAAUUAAUAUCAAACUCCUCAGGAAGGACUACAAGGUAGACAUACAAAAUCUAUGUGCUACAGAUGAACAAGGAACAGUUAUAAUCAUUCAGCGUGAGCCAAAGGAUGAAGGUAAACAGUUAGUAGCGUUCCCUAAAGAGUGGUGUGAUAUGAAACAAGAACGUGUCAAAGUGGUUAUGAUAAAUACAGCACAGCAAGACUAUCAAGAUGUUCAGAAGAAGUUUCUAAAAACCUGCUCCACAUUCAAAAUAGAGAAGAUUGAAAGGAUACAGAAUCCUUACCUGUGGCAGACCUACCAAAUCAAAAAACAGUCCCUGGACAAAAAGAAUAGCAACACAAAUAAUGAGAAUCUCCUAUUCCAUGGAACACCUAGUUCCUCACUGAGCACAAUUAAUUACAAUGGGUUUAAUCGUGGUUUUGCUGGAAAGAAUGGUGCAGUAAUUGGAAAUGGAACCUAUUUUGCUGUUGAUGCCAGUUAUUCUGCUCAGGAUGGAUACUCUAGACCUGAUGGGAGUGGCAGAAAAUACAUGUACCUUGCUCGAGUUCUCACUGGAGAAUAUUGCACUGGAAAAGCAGGAUUAAUCACUCCACCAGCAAAAAACUUGGCAGAUCCUACUGACCUAUAUGAUAGUGUGACUGAUAACAUGGUUCGUCCAUCAAUGUUUGUCAUAUUUAAUGACAUUCAAGCUUAUCCAGAAUACCUUAUUACUUUUAGAAGAUAAGAUUUAUUUUUUAAAAACAGUGGAAGAGAUUUUUUGGUGCCUUUAUUUUGUGAAUAACAUCGCAAGGAUAAUUUUGCUACCAGAAAUUCGAAGAAUGAGAAAAGUACUGACUUUUAUAGCUUUUUAUAUUUUGGUUUAUUGACUCAAAUGACCAUUUAUAUAGCCAAUUGCCUAAAUAUAUAUAAAUAAUAUUAAGAAAAGAGACAAGGUUAAGUAGAUUUUAACAUGCACCCUAACAGUGCUCAUAAUUUUGGUGUCGAUGAGGGUUGUGAGCAAUGUUCCCUCUAAUUUUUGACAGGCCACGUGCGCAAAAAAUUUCUUCUGUGCAAAUUGUUGUGCUUCUGUGCAAAUUUCUGUACACGCGGUGUUUAGGAUCUGUGUGCGUGUGCACACACACACAGCUUAGAGGGAACAGUGGUUGUGAGAAUAGCACAUUCAGGCUAGGCAGAUAGGGCUCUUAGCAGGAAGGGCUGUUGGAUGCAAUUUUUUGUUACCCACAACCUAAAGUAAACUGAAUGUAGCAGGCUGGUGCAUCAGUAAGGAUGCUGUUCCCAGAACACAUCAUAAGGCACUGAAUAGCUGAAAGAGGGUGUCUUUCAAACCGUCAGACGUGUAUGCCACAAGCGGGGGGGCCCCUUGAUCUCAAUUUUUUCCAAGUAUACAUAUUAAUCACUCUCAGCAAAUUACUGCUCCUGGUUAGCUUAGGGUUCAAGGAAAACCCAAAAACAUAGCCACUAAGAUAUAAGUUACAUUCAGUAAAUCGCCUUUGCCCCAUCCUAUUCAUCUCCUACAUACUAGGGCUCAUGUCUAUAUGGGUAUUCUGCACAUUUCUCUGUAUUAUCCAGAUGCCUUUCUUCCCAGGUGCCUAGCUGACUGCUGGUGCUUUUGCACUUCAUUCAGCAUCCUGCAGAAUCAAUAUGUUCAAGUACAAAAUCAAUCCUUCUGGAAUAUUCAAGAUAAUCAUCAUAUUGAGAAAGCUGGCAUUCUUUCUGCACAGCCUUGAGGCAUAAUAAGCCCUUUUUCUGUAGAAUUAUAACCUUGUAUAGAUGGUAACCUCUGGGCAUGGGUUAAAUUCUGAAUUCUAGAAAACAGUUGAAAAACCAUCUAUUGAUAAGCUUCAUAAAGCCAGUUUUAAAAUAUUUGUACUUCUGAAAAUUAGGUACAUUCAUAACAACAGUGAUAUUAACUUCUUAUGCUGCCACUCAUACCACAGGGUCAUAUUUCUGGUGUCUUCAAUAAAGCUGUUAAUUAUUCUGAAUAGUGAAUGGUGUAUUAUAGGGUCAUUAGUUAUACAGCUACCAGAGACACAAUCAAUUAAAAUGAACUUUUGUCUGAA